CAGGCGGAGGAGGAAGGAGGAGGUGGUGAGGUGAUAAAAAAGGGACGGAGCAGGAAGUGCAGGCAGAUCCCCGAGACGAAGAAGACGCUUUGGAAGUGACUGUGACAGACAUGCCUGAGCUCCAGGAGCCCGCCAACGAUGGCGCUCAAGCUACACCGGCGGUACCCGCCGACACCCGAGGUGAGCAAAUAAACGCUCCUCGUGCGCAUGAGUGAUGGCUGAGGGUGAGAUGCGAAUACGAUCAUCCACAAUGUAUGCAUAACCGUGCCCCACACACACACACACACACGCACACACACACACACACACACACACACUCUGAGUCUUUGAAGAGGCAAAUCUGGUUGUGAGCUUUCAUCUGAAUCUCCAUUCUUCCUCAUCAUUGCACCUGCUUAUGCACUAAUUCAUCUGGAUUGACAGACACACACACACUCUCUCUCACACACACACACACACACUCUCAUCCUCUAUUAGACUUUGCCUGGCUAACAUGAGCGCGUCUUAAUCCGACAAGGUGAGCGCACAAAAAGGUGUUUGUGACUCUCGGGGGCGGGGGGGGGGCUCGUUAGCGAUUAGCUGCUUCCUGCCUCUCGCCAGGCAAACAUCUCCAAGCAUCUUUUUACGAACCUUCCUACUACCUCCAGCGUCACCGCGCACACACACACACACACACACACACACACACACACACACACUGCUACUGUCAGACGCCAGGGAUAAAACGUCUUGGUGGUGAAAGGGUGAGAAGGGAAAUCAAAAAAACAAAAAAAAAUACUAAAAAUCCAGGAAUACAAAAUUCCCCUCCAGAUCUUUUUAAGUUUAGUACCAGAGUGAUCAAAGGCCCGGACUGCUAACUUGCACAAAGGUAGCUGAAGGACACAUAAAACAUUCAUCUGCGUGGUCCGCGCCAUUAGGAAAACUCACACACGCAUGGAUACACACCGUAUAUGCAUACCGGCCAUAAAUGCGCCCUUUUUUUUGGUGACAUCAUUUGCAUUUCUGAUGCGUGACUGCGCUUCAUUUUGUGUGCUUUUCCGUGUAUUUUCCCUGCAAAUGUGUUCAUAAGGAAAAUUGUUUGACCUUCACCAUGCUUGAGGUGAAACUUGAAAGUCACUCGUGAUACCCUGUGGGAAUAUGGACAGUUAUGUGUGUUUGUGCUACAUGCUAAACUGAAAUCCUGUUAGAGUUGGGAUUAGGGUGAGCUGUCAGGGUUUAAAGAUUGUUGUUAGCAGUUGGGGAUUAGUGGUAAAGUGUUACAAUUAAGGCGUUAAGGUUAGGGUUAACACCAGUUGAGGGGUUUGGGUUAAAAUUAGGGGUUAGGAUUGCAAUUACUGAUUAGGGGUUGGGGUAAGGAUAGGGCAUUCGUUUUAGGGGGUAGGUUUAGGGUACCCUGCUGACUUUUGCAUCUCCUCCAUCAGCAGACGUCCAGCCGACCUCAGGUAAACUCACCCGCUACCUCUUCCUCUCGCAUGCUCUUUGUUGUGUUGGUCACCAAAUGUCUUCUCCCCCCCCCCCUGCCGCCCAUGCCGUUUUCCUGCCUCCACGCCUCGCUGGCAUCCAUGUUUCCUCUCGCUCAGCAAACUCUGAGCCAAGCGACGAGUUACCGCCUGACGAGGUCACCCCAGGUGAGGACCCACAGUUGACCGGCCUGACCGGCCUGUUUGUGCUCAAGCCGGAGAGCGCCGACGCCAUCAAAGGCCAAGAUGUGACGUUCUCGGCCAAGGUGGACUCGUCCACGCUGAUGAGGAAGCCCACCAUGAAGUGGCUGAAGGGCAAGUGGCUGGACCUGGGCAGCAAAGCUGGGAAGCACCUGCAAUUCAAGGAGACCUACGACAGGAACACCAAGAUCUACACGUACGAGAUGCGCAUCGUGAAAGUGGCGGAUGGUGACGCAGGCGGCUACCGCUGCGAGGUGACCUCCAAGGACAAGUGCGACAGCUGCACCUUUGAGGUGUCCGUGCAGGCUGUGGAAGAGCAGCAGCAGGACAACAUUUUGGAGGCUUUUAAGCGAUCAGGUGAUGCAGGUGAGGAUGCUGGCGAUCUAGACUUCAGUGCCCUGCUCAAAAAAAGGGAGAAGAAGCAGCCGCAGGCCCCCCAGGAGGAGGUGGAUGUAUGGGACAUCCUGAAGGCGGCCAAGCCGUGCGACUAUGAGAAGAUCGCCUUCGAGUACGGCAUCACCGACCUGCGCGGCAUGCUCAAGAGGCUCAAGAAGAUGAAGACGGUGGAGCCUAAGAAGAGCGACGCCUUCCUCAAGAAGCCGGAGCCGGCCUACUCUGUGGACAAGGGCCGACGGAUCCAGCUGAGCGUGGAGGUGGCCGACCCCGACGCCCCCGUCAAGUGGCUCAAAAAUGGUCACGAGAUCAAACCCUCGGCCAAGUACGUGUUUGAGAGCGUGGGCAAUCGACGCACGCUCACCAUCAACAAGUGCAACCUGUCGGACGAUGCGGCCUACGAGUGUGUGGUGGGCGAAGACAAGUGUUUCACCGAGGUCUUUGUCAAAGAGCCUCCGGUGACCAUCACCAAGCUUCUAGACGACGUCCACACGGUGGUGGGUGAGAAAGUGGAGUUCGAGGUGGAGGUCUCCGAGGAAGGUGCGCACGUGAAAUGGAUGAAAGACGGGGAGGAGCUGACCAAAGAGAGCGCAGCUUCAAAGUACAGAUUCAAGAAGGAUGGCAAGAAGCACAUUUUGAUCAUAAAUGAUGCCGCCAAGGAGGACAUCGGCACCUACUUUGCCUUGACCAACGGCGGAGAGUCCAAGGCCGAGCUGGAAGUAGAAGAUAAGGAGCUGCAGGUCCUGCAGAGCAUUGCGGACCUGACGGUGAAGGCCAGCGAGCAGGCAGUGUUCAAGUGCGAGGUGUCUGACGAGAAGGUGACGGGCAAGUGGUUCAAGGACGGCGUAGAGGUGCAGCCCGGCGAGCGCAUCAAGAUGACACACAUUGGAAGGACACACAAACUGACGAUCAGCGACGUGAAGCCCUCUGACGUGGGCGAUUACACCUUCGUGCCCGACGGCUACGCGCUCUCCCUAUCGGCCAAGCUCAACUUCCUGGAAAUCAAGAUUGACUACGUUCCCAGACAAGACCCUCCCAAGAUCCACCUGGACACGAGCGGCACAGGGAGCAACAACACCAUAACGGUGGUGGCCGGGAACAAACUCCGCUUCGACGUGGAGAUCUCGGGGGAUCCCCCUCCCGUCGUGUGCUGGAUGAAGGGCAACAAGACAGUGAGCGAGGCGGAAGGGAGGGUCCGCGUGGAGACCAGGAAGACCCUGAGCAGCUUCGUCAUCCAGGGGGCGGAGAAGGAGGACGAAGGCUUCUACUCGCUCACUGUCACCAACCCCGCUGGAGAGGACAAAGCUGAGCUCUUCGUCAAGGUCGUGGAUGUGCCCGACCCUCCCGAGAAUGUCAAGUGCACAUCGGUGGGCGAGAACUGCGCCACCAUCACAUGGGACCCUCCCGCGUUUGAUGGCGGCGUGCCCGUUAAAGGUUACCUGAUGGAGAGGAAGAAGAUCGGCUCAUCCAGGUGGACCAAACUCAAUUUUGACGUGUACGAGGCCACCACGUACGAAGCCAAGAAGAUGAUCGAGGGCGUCCUUUACGAGAUGAGAGUGUUUGCCGUCAAUGGCAUUGGGAUCUCGCAGCCCAGUGUCAACUCCAAGCCCUUCAUGCCAAUCGCCCCCACCAGCGAGCCCAUUCGUCUCUUGGUGGAGGACGUGACAGAUUCCACCUGUGCUCUCCGGUGGCUUCCUCCGGAGAAAGUGGGACCAGGCGGCAUUGACGGUUACAUCAUUGAGUACUGCAAAGAAGGAAGUAAGUUGGAUGGACGUUGGGCGUACUUGACCCUGAACGCAUUCGUGGGAAAACAUUUUUUUGAAAGAAAGUGCAGCUCCAAAGACAACAAUGUUAGCGAGCAACUAAUCCAGGGAUGUCAAACUCAUUUUUGCUGCGGGCCACAUCGUAGUUAUGGUUUCACUCCGAGGGCCGUCAUGAGCGCGAACACAUAUACAGUAAUUGUACAAUUGCCUCAUGUUAUUACAUAUACACACACAAAAAAAAUCAAUACAUAUUUGAAACCAGAAGCCAGUAAAAAGUUGUUAAUUCAGUUUAUUUUGAAAUGGGGAUUGGUAACAAAAAUGUUUGCAAUCAAAAAAAGGGAAGACGAUUUGCAAUGUUGUUAUUUUAGUGACAAUGUGUUGCUCAGGUUUGAAAAAAAGCUAAAUGAGCUAAUGAGCUGUCAGUCAUCUUCAGGUGACGAGUGGGUGCCGGCCAACAAGAAGCCAGUGGAGAAAAACCAGUACCGGGUGAAAGAUCUGCCGGUGGGGGAGAAGAUGUUGUUCCGGGUGGUGGCCAUCAACAUUGCCGGACGCAGCCCCCCAGCCACGCUCUGUCAGGGCGUCACCAUCAGAGAGAUCAUGGAACACCCCAAGAUCCGCUUACCACGCCAGCUGAGAACCAGACUGAUUAAAGUUGUUGGAGAGAAGGUCAACUUGGUCAUCCCCUUCCAGGGUAAACCUCGCCCAGUCGCCGCCUGGUACAAGGACGGCGUUCCCCUGGAGGACCGGAGCGUGGGCACACGUACCAGCGAGGUGGACACUAUCCUCUUCAUCCGCUCGGCCGAGAGGGUCCACUCGGGCACGUACACGCUGGCCGUGCAGAUCGAGAAUAUGGAGGACCGCGCUGACAUCCGCAUCCAGGUCGUUGAAAAACCGGGGCCCCCCGUGGAGGUGCGCGUCACCGACGUUUGGGGCUUCAACGCCUCGCUGGAGUGGAAGCCACCCAAAGACGACGGCAACGCGGAGAUCAUUGGCUAUACGAUUCAGAAGGCCGACAUGAAGACCAAGGAUUGGUUCACCGUGUACGAGCACAACCGGCGGCCCAACUGCACCGUGUCCGACCUGGUCAUGGGCAACGAGUACUCCUUCCGAGUCUUCAGCGAGAACGUCUGCGGCCCGAGCGAGAAGCCUGGCAUCAGCACCAACACGGCGCUCGUCUGCAAGACGGGUUUGGAAUACAAGCCUCCGCCCUUCAAAGAGAAGGACCAGAGCGCGUCCCCCAAGUUCACAGCGCCCCUGGUGGACCGGAGUGUGGUGGCGGGCUACACCACGGCCAUCAGCUGUGCCGUCCGCGGCUACCCGAAGCCGAAGAUCAUUUGGAUGAAGAACAAGAUGAUCAUUGGCGAGGACCCCAAGUUCCUGAUGCAGAACAACCAGGGCGUGCUGACGCUGAACAUCCGCAAACCCAGCCUGUACGACGGCGGACGCUACUCCUGCAAGGCCAUCAACGCGCUUGGAGAGGACGAGGUGGAGUGCAAGCUGGAGGUUCGAGUGGUCAGGGAGAAAGCCGAGGAGGAAAAGAAAUGAGGACAGACCUGAAUGGAUGACCUGCUGAGAAAAAAAUGAUUAAAGAUGCCAUCAACUGUUAGUUUCACAUCUUUGUUCAAGUAUAAAAUCCUUCAAGUACA